AUGCGGGGGAAUGCAGAGCAUGGAAUUGUAGCAGUAAAAGAAAAGCAGACAAGGGAAGAUGCAUAUAUAUCAAGGCUGCCUGUAUCUAUCAUACGGUCCUGGUAUCAGCAAGAAGGUUACAUGAAGUCUAUGGCUGAAUUUAUUAAGAAAGAGUUAGAGAAGUUCUCUAAGCUUGAUGAGAAACCAGAUGGAGGAGUGCAGAAAGAUGAAAAGUCAAGGAUUUGGCGACGAUCAUACUCUGGCAUACCAGGUUUAAUUCCUACAGUUGAGUUCUCCCAGAAAGGUGUUAAGAGUCUUCUAGCAGUUCCAGUCAGUUAUAUGACUAAGGACUAUUUUAUGAGUGAGCACAUUGAAACACUUGAAGAGAUUGACAUGAAGGCUCUUGAAUCCAGCAUUCAAAACUGGGGACAUGUGCCCGCCCUCAACUGCAUGUCUUCCUUCAUCACUGAUCUGGCAGAUGCAGUACUAGAAGCCUUACCUUCAGCAACCGCUUUAUCUUCCUCAAGGAACAUCUCCAAUGAAGAUGACAAUGACCUUGUGAGAUAUGCUAUCAAAAUGUUCUUCGGUUCUAUAUUAGCAUUCUUUUUGCUUCUGUUGCAAAAAAAUGAUACUUGCAUUCAAGAAUAA